AUGGAGAAUCAGACACAGAGCACUCACUUCAUACUCAUGGGCUUAACAGACCAACAGGAAGUUCAAAUGGUCUUGUUUGUUUUCUUCUUCCUCCUCUAUCUAGUAACUGUGCUGGGCAACAGUACUAUUGUGUGUGUGGUGGUGACUGAGACCAAACUCCACACACCUAUGUAUUUCUUCCUCGGUAACCUUUCUUGCUUGGACAUUUGCUACUCUACAGUCAUCCUUCCCAAGAUGCUAUCUGGAUUCCUGUUGGCUCAUCGAAGAAUCUCCUUUGUUGGAUGCAUCACCCAGCUUCAUUUCUUCCAUUUCCUAGGAAGCAGUGAGGCUAUUCUUCUAGCUGUCAUGGCUUAUGAUCGCUAUGUGGCCAUAUGCAAUCCAUUGCACUAUCCAGUCAUUAUGUGCAGACGUGUGUGUAUUCUACUGGCUGCCACAACUUGGACUAUAGGGUUCUUUCAUGCCCUGAUGCACACAGUAAUGACAUCCCAACUUCAUUUCUGUGGCCCCAAUAUCAUCAAGCAUUUCUUUUGUGAUAUCAAGCCACUACUGAGACUGGCAUGCAGUAGCACACAACUCAAUCUUAGUCUCCUCAAUGUAGUCACGGGCUCAAUUGUCAUGAUCCCUUUCUUCUUGACACUCCUUUCCUACCUCUAUAUCAUCAUCUUCCUGUUACUGAAGGUCAAGUCACACAGAGGGAGAUGGAAGGCCUUUUCCACCUGCAGCACUCACCUCACAGUUGUAGGUUUGCUCUAUGUGCCAGUUUUGUUCAAUUACCUCCCUCCAACAUCAGGAGACUUACCUCAGAGAGACAUGAUAGCCACCCUCAUGUACAGUGUAGUUACCUCUUUCUUAAACCCUUUGAUCUAUACCCUGAGGAACCAGGAUAUGAAGUCAGCUCUGAGGAAAAGCCUGGGGAGAUUACUGUGGAGGAAAGAGAUAAAGAGAAAUACAAGCCCAGACCCUGCUCGCAUUAUCUAG